CUUAAUUUAGACCAUGCUGUAUCUGGUAUCUUGUGUCUUGCCAAAGACUGUGCGCCGGAGACUUAGUUUCCUGUCGUCUUGGGUGUCUCGUGCUGGGUAAUUUUUCACAAAAAGCUGCUUUGUUUAUGAGCCUUUUACAGCCUGGCUAACUUCAUGGCAGAAGGUGGUUCUCUGGCCAAGCAUGCUGUGAGAUCGCUGUGUGUGUGUCAGAGCCCUCACGAUGGCAGACUUUGGGGAGAUACUGGAGGCCAUCGGGGACUUCGGCCUCUUCCAGAAGCUCAUGCUGUUUGGCCUCUGCUUCCCCAACACCUUGCUUCCAUUCCACCUCACCAGCCUCCUCUUUAACCAAGGCCCUGACCUCCAGCGCUGCAACACUGACUGGAUCUUAGACGUGGGCCCCAAUCUGACCCUGGAGGAGCAGCUCAACCUGACACUGCCCAGGCUCCCGGAUGGCUCCCUCAGCACCUGCGAAAUGUUCGCGCCAGUGGACUGGAAUCUCUCUGCCAUCUUAGAGCAUGGCCUGACCGACACUACGGCGUGUGUCAAUGGUUACACGCAUGACUACUCUGUCUACACGUCUUCCAUAGUCUCAGAUUUUGAUCUAGUCUGUGAUAAGGCAAAUUUAGUUGGUGUGGCACAGACAGUGUUCAUGGCUGGUAUUCUGGUUGGGUCCCUCUUGUUUGGACCCUUCGCUGAACCGAUUGGAAGACAGAAAGCUACACAGAUACCCGUUGUUGUCAUGGCCAUUUUCACUAUGGUGACAGGCCUGUCUCCCAAUUUCUACUUUUACAUGGUAUCUCAGUUCGUUGUGGGAGUUUCCUAUGGAGGAUUCCGAGUAAACUGCAUUGUCUUGGCCACUGAAUGGAUUGGAAAGACAAAACGUGCCUAUGCCUCCUGUCUAACACAAAUACUGGGAGGUGUUGGUCAAUGCAUCCAAGCAUGUAUUGUAUAUUUUGUUCGGGACUGGAGAAUUUGCCAGUAUAUUAUGGGAUCCCCCAUGGUAAUUGUGGCUAUUUAUAUCUGGUUCAUACCUGAAUCGGCCAGGUGGUUGCUAGACAGAGGGAAAACUGAUCAAGCUCAGCAGCUGAUUCUUAAGGCAGCUGCCAUCAACAAACGCACAGUUCCUGACAAACUACUACAGAAGCUUACGGAGGAGAAGAAGGUGGAGCGGGGAGGUAUACGGGCCCUUCUGGCCUCGGCCGUGCUGAGGAAGUACUUCUUUAGUAUCGUGGUUGGUUGGUGUGCACUGAACUUGGCGUACUACUGCCUGUCACUGAACGUGGGGAAGUACGGCCUGAACAUAUUCUUCACCCAGUUCAUAUUCGGGAUAACGGAGGUGCCGGCACACAUCCUCUGUAUCUUCCUGUUGGAAGCGGCGGGUCGGAAGGCUUCCCUCAUAUCCACCCUGCUGCUGGGAGGCUUCAUCUGCCUGCUCACCCUCGCCAUUCCAGAAGAUGGAGCCAUUGCUCUUACUGCCCUUGCUACAGUCGGGAGGUUUUUCAUGAAUUGGGCCGGGACUGUUUGCAAUGUCUACGUCCAGGAGCUAUUCCCAACAUCUAUCAGACAAACGGCCACAGGCCUGGGUGCCACGGCCACCCGUGUGGCGGGGAUGUUGUCUCCGGUGGUGAACAUGCUGGAGGUGUUCCACUGGACCCUCCCCACGCUGGUGUUCAGCAGCCUGGCCCUGACUGGAGGGGCCCUGGCCUUCCUGCUGCCUGAGACCAGGCGCACCGAGCUGCCAGACUCCACUGAGGAGGCCGAGGGGAAGAGGAAACCAAAGGUCAUGAAGACGAUUGAAACUCCAAUGUUGGAGGAUUCCAAAAUCUUGAAGUCUACUCCACUGUAAUUCUUUGUGCUUAAGACAAAGUAUAAUAAUUAUGUUCUUUGUAUGUCCAAUUGAGAUCACUUGAUUUGUUGUAAAUGUUAGGUAUGUUGUACUGUAUUCACAAACUAUUUUGUUUACAUAACCUAAAGCUGUGCUUUUAUGUCUUGUAAGAUGCAAUCAGUAAUUCCUAUUCUGACAUUUCCUUAGUACUUGCAUUCACUAUUGUUUUAUUUUUCUGUACAGAAUUCUGGUCACUUGUCUGCUAACAUUAUUUGUUUUCGUUUUGAAACAUGUAUUGUGUAUAAAAUAUGUACUAUAUUGCACUAAACCAUGAAUACUUUAACUUUAAAAUACUUUAACUAUUCAUGAUGAUUUGAAACGUUCACAGAUUAAAGGGGAUAGAAAAGUAGUAAAACUCCUUUUUACGUGCUGCAUUUACAGGUAUUGUAGUAGAUGAUAACACCAUAGACUACUUAUUGCAAUAUACACUAUGGAAGACAAACUGGGAAACUGCCAUUGUAUUGGGACAUAGCAGUCCACAGCACACAGAGCACACAACAUACUGCAU